AUGAAGUUGAGAAUUAAGCUUAUCUUAAUGAUUGUGUUUUUAUCACUCUACUAUUUUCUGUUUAGUCUGGUUUUGUUAUUAGGUGAAUAUUUUGAUGAAGAAUAUAGAGUUGAGAGCGAGAAACUCUCUUAGGGAAUUUAUAAUGAGACUUCUUUGAGCAAAAUAAGAUUCGCCAGAUAUUACUAUGGAAGAUCCAAUAGACCUAAUAUCAAUUCACUCUAUGCAAUCUCAAAUAUUAUAUAUUACAUCGAAGAUUAUUAAGAAUCAGAUGAUGAUCAGAGCUUGCUUAAAAUCGAUUGGCAUUUUAGUAAUGUUACUAGUUUGUAAAUACUGGAGAGAAACUAUCCUGCAUAGUAUGAACUUUUAAAGUAUUAUUCACCCUUGUCAAAAUUGAUACUGAUUUAUGUCCAAAAUAAUGCCUUUGAUCAUUUCCACUUCUUAUGUCAAAAUGGAUUAGGCAUAUCGUUUUAAGGUGAAGAUGCUAAUUCUUCUAACAAUUGGUAUGAUACUUCUAUAUCCAAUUGUAAGGCGUAUGAUGAUUGCUAUGAUUAUAUUACUUAGUAUUCCACACAGAUAGCUUUUCCUAAGUUAGAUUUAAAGAAUGAUGUUUGGAGAAUGAGAGCUGGAAAAGAGGGUUAUGAAUGCAAGUUGCAUGCUUAAAAGAAAAGAGAACUUGCAAUUAUUAAUUCAAGCAGACCAGUAAUUAAUUCAUUUUUAACAAAUGGAAAUAUUAAUAUCAUUUCUGAUGGACAACUUCUCAAUAGCACUUUAGAAGAUGCCUUACAAAUUUGGCCAAAUCAAACCAGUGAUUUCACUGAUUAACUCUACACAUUGGUUACAGUCCCAAUAGAAUUCAGACAAUGGAGAAUGCUAUAUGAUGGAAUGGGAGAACAAAGAGUUGUAUUUUUCUCAACCUAUUAUUUUGCCCAUCCCAACUACCCUAACAUUACUUUAACCAAAGAAAUAAUUACGAAAUGCUCUAUGAUCUACUUGUAAUCCAUGUCUUUGCAAUAUUACCUACAACUGGCUGGUCAAAACGAUCAGGCAACAACUGUCUUAAUUAAUGAAAUUAUUAUUGCUUGUGCCUUACAUGUAGUAUUAAUAUUUUAUUUCUGGAGGAAAGGUGUAGUGAUCGCACUUUCUCUAGAAGUUCCUAUUAAUUAAUUGAUUAAAUUGACGAAGGUUGAUAUGAAGUAUCUCGAAGUCCAAGAUUUUAAUUUAGAGAGUUAUAAGGAUCUCUUUAACAACAAGGAAAUAAGGAAAUUCUAUGAAGUCAUAAUCAAUUAUUUGAAUAGCAUUAAAUAUUCAAAUAAUAAACUCUUACAGGGAUCUAAAGAUAUGGAUGAAGCUGAAGCCUUAAUCAUCUUAAGUAUGUCUAAGAGAUUCUAUAAAAAAUACUAUAAUAACCCUGCUGUUGGUAUUUGUGCCAAUAAUAUUGCUAAAAUCCAUAUGAGAAAUCAAAGAUACCUCGAAGCCAUGAAUGAACAGGAGGAAUCAGUUCUAAUAGCUAAUCAAGAUCUUUAAAGUCUAAAAGAAAUGGAAUAAUAUGCAAAUCAAGCAGCUUAGCCUUAAGAUGAUUAAUAACUAAUUAAAUUAUAUCUCAGAUUGAAAAAUAAUGUUUUAUAGAAAUUUCAAAGGCAAGAGGAGAAGGUCAUGAAAGAAGUGAUUAAAGAUUUGGAAAGCAAAACCAAAAAUGGAAUUGUCAGAAGACCAACUACUUAAAAAUUCAAAACUUAAAAUGAAACUACUUAAUUAAAGAGUUCUAUUGAAUCUGAAGCACAUCUAUAGCGUCAAUAAACACCAAGAUAAACAUCAAAUUGGUUAAGAAAACCUAUAUAAGAAGAAAAAAAUGCGAUUAGAGAAGAAAAUUCCGAUUUACCAAGUGAACGAUUAGACAAUUUGGGAACUCCAAAGAAACUUAGUCCAAUCUCCAAAAUCAACAGUAAUGAAGAAUACUCCAAAAAGUAAGUUAUUAUCGAACACAAAAUUGUUUUUCGAAAGUACUAAUUAGCUUGCAUCCUCUACAAUUAUAGUAUGACAAAGUCACAAUCAACAUUUCUAAAUGAAAGUGUUAAAUAGUUUAAUGAUAUCAUGGAUGAUCUAUAGAAUCUACCUGAUUCAUUUUCAAUUUAAUAUAUGAAAAUAAACAUUAUAACCAAAAAAGCAUUCUGCUUUGCCAGAGCUGGAAUGCUAGAAAAAGCAAGGUUGGAAUUGGAAGACGCUGAAGCGAGACUAAAAAUUUUAUAAGCCAAUAAAACUGAAAUUCAGCAACUUGAAAUUAGUGAUUUUGUUGACAUUUUUCGAGAAAUUCCUCUAGAAAUCUUAAGGGAAAAACUCACCGGCUUAGAAGCAUCAUUAUUAAUGAUUAGAGGAGAGUAUGUUGAAGCUUGCUAUAAAUUUAUUUCAAUUCUAAAAGCUGAAGGCCACUAUGAUCCUGGAUUCUAGAAAUUCGUAUUGAAGACUUUAACUAAAAUAUUUAAAAGAUGCAAUGUGGAUCAUAAUUGCUUGAUCAAAUUUUCACAAUAAAACUAAUUGAAACGACUUGAAUUAAUCUUUCUACUUGAUUACUCUUCUGAAAUGACGAAUGAACAAUUUACAUUGUCACAUCAUAUGUGUCAGAAUGUUGUCUAGUCAUUAAAUGAUGACUCAUUUGUUGGAUUAUAUGCAUUCAAUGAAUCCUUGCAUGAGAUAUUCCCUUUAUAAUUGAAAGGAACAUACAAAAAACUGUUAGAAUCUACUAUAGAAAAGGUAUUGAUAAAACCAGGAGGCGAGGGUAACAUCUUCUCAGCUUUGGAAAUCACUAUAGCAUCUCUAUUUGAGAAAGACAAGCCUGAAUAAAGCAAACAAUUAUCAUUACAUUUGAAAUCUAAUUAGAUUAAAUAACAAAUAGAAUAGGAGGAGUUCCGAUGUUCUGAUAUGGAAUUUAGAUGCAAGACUAGUUCUCCAAGGGUAGGCAAGACCUUUUCAGGAGGAUUCAGUUAAGCAAUGAAGUAAUAUGAAGAAUAGCAGUUUGAUAAUGUUAGUUUGAAUGAAAACAUGGUAAGAAUUGAAGAUAAUCUUUAAUAGAAUUAAUAUAAAAUUGAUAUUGAUAAUAUUGAUGAAGAAAAAGAUGAACAUACGAUUAGAUAUGUUUGUAUAUUUAGCGAAGGAGUUCAUAAUUAUAAUCAAAUGUCAAUUGAUAGAUUGAAGAGCUUAAUCGAAAAAAAGAAUAUUCACUUACUAGUUUUCAAUAUUGCCAACUAAAAUAUGAAUAUGCUUUAUCUCAAAUAGUUAGCCUAAGUCUCAUCAGAAAGUAGAUUUUUCACCAACGAAAACGAAAUAAAGGAUUUUUUCUCAAAACUUAGAACUAAUGAUUUCACCAAAAGAGUUUAUUUAGAAUUCUUCUGA